AUGGUCAGAGAAAUUUGGAAGAAGAACGGCUUCAAGGGGUUCUACCGUGGGCUGUGGGCGACGAUGGCACGCGAGAGCGUGGGUUCAGCGGCGUUUUUCGGCACGUAUGAGUUGACUCGCGGGCUGCUGACACCGGCCGACAAGCGCAAGGAGGAUCUGAACGUGGUGGCCACCAUGGCAGUCGGAGCUCUGUCCAGCGUGACCAUGUUGUUGCCGUCCUAUCCGAUGGAUGUGAUCAAGUCUCGGGUGCAGAUGUCCGAAAAGGGCGUCAAUGGUGGGUAUCGGGCAGUCUGGAAUACCAUCGGCAGUCUCCGGACGCUCUACUCUGGCCUGUGGCCGACCCUCGCGAAAUCCGUCCUCGUCAGCGGCAUGUUCCUGUUCGCAGCGGAGAUCACGAAACGGUUUUUAUCCAAACUGUUCGCGCCCAAUCGACCGACGGUCGAUUCGCCAUUCGAGUCCGGUCCACUGGACGAAUGA